GCGAACAAAGAAGAAAAGAGCCUUUUGCGAGCAAAUUAGAGGAACAAGAUGCUGAGAGUCGCCGGAAAAAGGCUUUCAUCCUCCUUGGGCGGCGCCUUGAGGUCGUCUCAGGCUUCCCCAGCCUUUCUUUCUCGAUCCCAUCCACUUUCCCUCACCAACGACGAGUCCUCCUCCUCCUCCGACGCCCCUUCCAUCUACUUCCUCCUCAAUUCCCAAUCUCCAUUUCUCCUCAGAGGAUUUUCCUCUGACGCCCUCGCACCUGGACAUGAUGUUGGUGGUCUGAUCUCGGAUGUCCCAGCUACUGUGGCAGCAGUGAAGAAUCCGUCUUCAAAGAUUGUAUAUGAUGACUACAACCAUGAAAGAUACCCACCCGGUGAUCCCAGCAAGCGUGCGUUUGCUUAUUUUGUCUUGACCGGUGGGAGGUUUGUGUAUGCGUCCUUGAUCCGGCUUCUGGUCCUCAAGUUUGUUCUCAGCAUGUCUGCCAGCAAAGAUGUCCUCACUCUUGCUUCCCUUGAGGUCGACGUAUCCAGCAUUGAGCCUGGCACUACUGUUACUGUCAAGUGGAGGGGGAAGCCAGUUUUUAUCAGGCGUAGAACUGAAGACGACAUCAAGUUGGCUAAUAGUAUUGAUGUUCAGUCACUUCGUGAUCCUCAACAGGACGCCGAGAGGGUUAAGGACCCAGAAUGGCUGAUUGUUAUUGGGGUCUGCACUCACUUGGGGUGCAUUCCUUUGCCAAAUGCUGGUGACUUUGGAGGAUGGUUUUGCCCAUGCCAUGGUUCGCACUAUGAUAUAUCUGGUAGGAUCCGCAAGGGACCUGCACCCUACAAUCUUGAGGUACCCACUUACAGUUUUUUGACCGAGAACAAGUUGCUCAUUGGGUGAGAAUUGGUGGGAGGCUUUAUAUUUUUGGUGCCAAACUUUUACAUGAGGUUUCAUUAUUCAUAGUUCCUCUACAUCAGGGAAAAAGUGAUGUCCGCAACCUUAAAUUUUCUUUUUAUCUCUUAUGAUUUAUACCUGGAUUUUGUAUCUCUUGUCUGUACUCAU